CACCGACUUGAGCAAAUUGCAAAUAAAUAAAAACAUAAAGUGAACACCCACCAUCAAUAAUGAAGCUAGAACCAAACAAAGUGACGGAGUACAUCAUGAUUUCCCCACCUGUGAGCUUCUGGAUCUUCCUUUCUUUGCUCACCCCGUUGUGUGAUGCGAUCGCGCAAGACUUCUGCGUGGCAGACUAUAUGGCUCCUCAAAGCCUAGCAGGCUAUCCUUGUAAGAAUCCCAACAAGGUUACAGCAGAUGAUUUCGUAUACUCAGGACUAGGCGUUGAAGGAAAUACCUCCAAUCCUCUCAAGUUUGGUGUGUCCACUGCGUUUGUAUCGGACUUUCCGGCCUUGAAUGGGCUUGGGGUUUCCAUGGUCCGUACAGAUUUGGGACCUGGCGGCGUUAUCUCAUUGCACAGCCAUCCUAGGGCUUCCGAAAUUGUACUUGUUGUGGAAGGAACAAUUACUUCUGGGUUCAUCUCCACGGCCAACGAUGUGUAUAUAAAAACGCAAAAAAAGGGCGAUAUCAUUAUUAUCCCUCAAGGGCUUUUGCAUUUCAGUGUGAAUUCAGGUAAAUCUCAAGCCCUUUUGUUUGCUAGCUUUAGUAGUGAAAACCCAGGUGUUCAGGUUCUGGACAGGGCUUUGUUCGGGAACAAUUGGCCUACUCAAUUUAUUGCGGCCACUACUUCACUUGAUCCUGAUGUGAUUAAAAAGCUUAAGGUUGUUUUUGGUGGCUCUGGAUGAUCAAAGUUCCUCCACAUUCAGAUUAUUACAAUAAGGACUGCUUCGUCUCCAGAUGUGAAGGUCGUUGAUUUUCUUUCGUUGUCGUGGUCUACCUAGUGAUCUUUGAAUGAUGUGUAACUAUAUAGUAAGGAAAACUUGUCGUUCAUCCACUGAUAUAUAUAUGCCAAGGGGUUGUAGCAACUGCUCCAUUAUGCUUUCUUUUC